CAUUCCCUGUAUAUUUUCAUUCUGUAUUUUACGCACUCUUUCUCUCUCUCUCUCUUCUCCAGCCCCACACACAAAUAUUCUUCCCCAUCAGUUUUUCUCUCUUCCUUCAUUACACAUUGUACACUUUCUUUCCAUCUUUCAAGCAGUCACUUUCUUCUUCUCUCACUCACUCUUUCUCUCUCGUCUUUCCCUCUGAUUUUUUUUUACUCCUCUCUUUCAUCGUCUUUCCUUCGAUAUAAUCUGACUUCAUUCUUUCAUUUGUUUUUCGUUCUCCUCCUCGCUUCUUCCGCAUACAUUUUCUAAGUGUGAGCGUAAACUAAUCUCUUCAAACCAUAGUCCACUAUAAAUCUUCAUGUAAGCAAUUCAGCGACUCCUCUCAUUACACAUGUGCAUCCACAGAUUGCCAUGCAAGCACAGAGCCUGACACCAGUGUUAUAACUCUCCAGAGUAGAUACAGCACUGAGUCCUAUAAUCAAAGUAUUUCACACAUACACAGUUUUCCUUUGUUGAAUCACAACAGUAAUUUGUGGUAGAAGCCAACCAGCUAACCAGCUACUGGCUAAACAGCCAGCAUCAGUUGUAAUGAAGAAAGAUUGUAAGAAAGUAACAGGUAUCUGACUGAAGCAAGGAAGCUGCCACUGUUGAGGUGAUACAAGUGGGUUGAGUCUGUGUUUAACCACCUGGUCAACAUCUUUCUCUGGCUGUUGCCACUGCUGCUGCUGUUGUUGCUGCUGCUGCUGCUGCUGCUGCUGCCAGUGUCACUGCUGCUGUCAUAGUAGUUGUUGCCACAGCUGUUCCUUCUGCUCCACUGCUACUGCUGCAACUCAUCUUUGCUUAUUAUCAGUGUGGUUGCCACCACCAAUGUUUCUAUAACUGUAGCUGUCACCACCACUUCAAUAACAUCACUGCUUUGUCUCAGUCAAAAAAAAAAAAAAGAAAAAGAAAGAAAAAACCCUAGCACUCCUGAACAUCUCUGCUAACAAGAUAACAAGCAACAUCCCUAUCCCUUUCCCCCCAUCACUAUCAUUAUCACCCUUUCUUUCUUCAUCACUAAUAUUCUACUCAUUAUCACCCCUAACACUACUGUUGCUGGUACUUUGUUACAUCAGUGCUAAUCACACUAGAAGCUGUCGGGUGAGGCAUCUCUGCUCCCUUUAUUUCUCAGCUUUCUUGCCUAUGUGUGUUACGCACAUGAGCAGGUUUUGCCACCAUCGUCGAUCUGGUUGCUGUACCUUGUCCAGAUAUCCUUCCAAGACCGGCCGUAUGUUUCGAAUGAUUUUAUACCAGCUUUUUCCACCACUGAGAAAGCAUUUACUUUUCGCAAGAGAAAAACGUGAGUGUUUACUUUACAGUUUACUGCUGUUGAUUUUGAGAAAAAGAAAAAAACAGAUCAUGACAUCGAUGAUCUGGAAAUGCAAAUGGUGCGGUACAAGCCUGAGGGGCUGGAUGUACUGUGCCGAAACACAAAGUUUUCCAGGAAAGAACUACAGAUAAUGUACAGGGGAUUCAAGCAGAGUAUCGCUGGUCGUACAAUGGAAUGUCCGACAGGUAUAGUGAACGAAGAUACAUUUAAGGACAUUUAUGCUCAAUUUUUUCCUCAAGGAGAUUCCAGCAAUUAUGCACAUUAUGUAUUCAAUGCAUUUGACCAUGACCAUAGUGGCUCAGUUAAUUUUGAGGAAUUUGUCAUGGGGCUUUCAGUAUUAUCUCGAGGCACAUUGCAAGAAAGACUUCAAUGGGCCUUUAAUCUCUAUGAUAUAAAUGGAGAUGGGAUAAUUACAAAAGACGAAAUGAUGGAUAUAGUAUCUGCAAUAUAUGAAAUGAUGGGCCGUUUUACUGAGCCUUCUGUGGAUGAAAAUACGGCAAGAGAGCAUGUGGACAGGGUUUUUUCAAAAAUGGAUCUAAAUAAAGAUGGUGUUAUAUCACUCGAAGAAUUUAUGGAUACAUGUCGGACAGACCCAGUUGUAGUUCAGUCUCUAGCAGUUCUUGAUACUGAAAUUAUGAUCUGACCUCAACAAAAUAAAUGGAUGAAAACAUCACCAAAGGCAUGGCCAUAUUUGAUACAGUUCUUUGACAAAUUCCAGCAUAAAAUGUACAUAAAACAAAACACCAAUAAUGAAAAUCUCAUGUUGCAGUCUUUUCUUUUAAAUUAUUCAGACAUGUAAAUACAUUUAAUUAAAUGUUCUCAAAAUAUUUUUGGGGAACAAUAUGCACAGAACAUUAUAAUAAUGAAACAGGGAAAUAUCUUCCUACAAAUUGAAGUGGUGGAAUAUCAAAGAUUUAUGCAAAGGAAGCAUAAAAUAUAUGCAAAAGAAAAAAAAGAAGACAAACAAAGAGAAA